AUGCAUCCUCAAGCUGAAGGCCACACAUGCGUGGGCGAAUCAUCAACGUCGCACCCAAACAACCCAAUUCCUGAAGAACCAUCCAUAAAGCGCAAGCGACCCCUUGAACUGACUGGCACUGAAAUUUCCUCAAACGCUUCCUCCCACUCCCCAGAUUACACAUCUGGCUCUGAGAUCGAGUCCCCGCCCACCCCCGCUACAGACAUACAAUCGGACGAUGUUCCAUUGGAGGCGACAGAGCAAUUGGAGAAGACAUACGAAACACCUCCCUCUACACCACGGAAACGACGCGCCUCAACGCUUCUCAUUUCACAAAGUCCAGAGGAUGUCCACCGCAUACUAUCUCCACGAAAGGUCGAGACAACUCAGAUCGAAAGAACAUGUUGUGGGGGAGGCUGCUGCCUCAUGAAUACUUUAGAGCAAGAUUUUGGUGCAUUGUUCGCCGUUCCUGUCACCAAGCCCUCAAAUGAGGCGUUUCAAAGCCUACAACUCCGUCUAGGCCCUCUAAGUCUUGACAGCGACCUGACCAAUAUCUUUGAUUUGUCUCCGGAAACCGUAUCAUUCGAAAGCCUGCCAGUCAAACAUACCGAAAUCAUACCAAGAAAGUCUACAGUAUAUACCCAUCCGCCGGACUUCGUCACACCACACCCGCCGUACGAGGUCUUUUGCGCGAAAGUUCAUCAUGCUCGAGAACUUACUCAAGCUGGCGCGGAGAAGAGAACAUACCAUUUCGAUCUCGAUGUGACGGACUAUCCAGAGGAAGGAGGUGAUGUAGACUUUGUUGUUGGUGGUGCAAUUGGUGUUCAGGCCCCAAACUCAAGCGAGCUCGUCAACGAUAUUUUCGACCUCCUGCACAUCCCAAAUUUCGUCCGAGACAAGCAAGUCGUCCUCAAAACCACGAACGGACGCUGGCCUACAAUCUGGGGCGACGAAAAGCCUCGGACACUCGUCGCAACAAGACGCGAACUACUGACCUGGUGCUCCGACAUGCAAAGUUAUCCGCCCACCAAGCCUGUCCUCCGACUACUAGCUGAAUAUGCGACCGAGCCAAAUGAGAAAAAGAUCCUCACCUACCUCGUAUCAGCCCAAGGACAAGCCGCCUUCUGCGACUUGCGGACAGGGCCGCACAUCACAAUCGCUCAGCUCCUAACCGCCUUUCCCUCCUCCCAACCUCCCUUGAGCGGCCUUCUCUCCGUCCUCAACACCCUAAUGCCCCGCUUCUACUCCCUAUCCCAAGACCCAAUGCUCUCCUGCAGAAAUGAUGGCACGGUCCGUCGCCGUCUCAUCGAAAUCGCCGUCACAGUCCACGAAACGCCAAACUGGCGCGGCGGGCCCCGCACCGGUCUCGGCUCCGGCUUCCUCGAGAGAAUCGCGAAGCAAAUCCAAGAAGGAGAGAAGAACGGCGUAUCAGCACCAGACCUAGACCUCAGGGUCCCCAUGUUCCGGGGCCUGAUGUCUAACCCGUUGGCCAAGGAAUUUGUUUCCGAUGGCCCCAUGCUUCUCAUUGGUGCCGGCGUCGGCAUCGCCCCUUUCCGUGGUUUUGUCCAGCGCCGUCUCAAGUCUGCAAACUGCGCGAAUAAAGUGUGGGUCUUGCAAGGCGUGCGGGAUUCGCUGCUCGAUGAGCUGUACAGAGGCGAGUGGGGCGUCGAAGAGGAGCAUGUUAAGAAAGUCGUGCAAAGUCGGCGUGGCGAGGGACGAUAUGUACAGGAAGAAGUACGACAUCAGGCUGAUCUAGUAUGGUUUGUGAUCAAUUCGCUGGACGGACGAGUCUAUGUUUGUGGGAGUAGUAAGGGAAUGGGGGAGGGGGUGGAGAGUGCUCUAGUGGAUGUGGCGAUGGAUAAGGGGAAUUUGAGGCGGGAGGAGGCGGUGGAUUAUUGGGGAAGGAAGAAAGAGGGGGGACAGAAACGUGGUGAUUGA